AUGGCUGACAGGAGCCUGAUCGAGGGCGCCGAGCCCUUCCCGCGCCGGGAGGAGGCUCCGGAGUGGGGCUACGAGGAAGGAGUGGAGUGGGGGCUGAUUUUUCCUGAUGCUAACGGGGAGUACCAGUCGCCUAUUAACUUGAACUCGAGAGAAGCUAAAUAUGACCCCUCGCUCCUGGAAGUGCGUUUGUCGCCAAACUACGUCGUGUGUCGUGACUGUGAAGUGAUCAACGACGGGCACUCAAUUCAGAUUGCCCUGAAGUCAAAAUCAGUGUUAAUAGGGGGGCCAUUGCCUCGAGGACAUGAGUUUGAACUACAUGAUGUUCGAUUUCACUGGGGGAGAGAAAACCAGCGUGGUUCUGAACACACGGUUAAUUUUAAGGCCUUUCCCAUGGAGCUUCAUCUAAUGCACUGGAACUCCACACUGUACAGCAGCAUUGAUGAGGCAGUAGGGAAGAAGCACGGCAUAGCUAUUAUUGCUUUGUUUGUGCAGAUAGGAAAAGAGCAUGUAGGCCUAAAGGCUGUAACUGAAAUUCUCCAGGACAUACAGUACAAGGGAAAAUCCAAAACAAUACCCUGUUUUAAUCCCAACUCUUUAUUGCCAGAUCCUCUUCUGCGUGACUACUGGGUGUAUGAGGGCUCUCUAACCAUUCCACCCUGCAGUGAAGGUGUCACCUGGAUAUUAUUUCGCUAUCCUUUGACUGUGUCCCAAGUGCAGAUAGAAGAAUUUCGUAGACUGAGGACACAUGUUAAAGGUGCUGAACUUUUAGAGGGCUGUGAUGGAAUCCUAGGAGAUAACUUCAGACCAACUCAGCCACUUAGCGAUAGAGUCAUCAGGGCUGCAUUUCAGUAGCAGAAGAGGAAGAACAACAGAAAUAAAUCUUUAUUCAGAGAGGGGAAAGACAAUGCUCCCACAGUGCCCUCGGAUGAGAAAUGGAAACUUUUGAGGCUGCUGCUUCAGUUGAACCACAAAGCCUGUAUUGUUUGUCUUCAUCUAAUUCAGCCUUGAUAGACAGCUGUGAUAGCUGGUCUGUCUGCACGGUCCAGUGAAAUUCUGGGAAUGGGGCUGUACAUUAAAAGAAGAAAACACAUUAAAUC